AGUUUUGUUUAUUAUUGAACUGUUACCGUUGAUGUUCUGGUUUGUGGCUGUGAAUAGAUAGAUAUGGCAGUUUGGGUUUCAGAUAUAGUUGGACCUGGACGGAGCUGCAAUUGCAAGUUUUCAUGUCACCGGCGUAGGAUUAAUGUUAAUCCACCAAACACGCCCUUAGUGUCAAUUAUUUUUCCCACAACAACGGGAUGGUCUAAUCACUGUCACUCUAGUGUUGUUCCUCGAGCUCUGAAUCCCAAAACGGGAGAUCAAAACUCUACCACUUCAUCUCAAAAGGAGGAUUUAGCGUACGUGGCAAAACUAGUGGUGGGUUCUUUUGGUGGUGCGGGUGCAAUCAAAUAUGGCAGCGCUGUUUUCCCUGAGACAACCACUCCCAACCUUGUGCUGGCUCUUGCCAUCAUUUUUGCUCCUGUGCUUGUUGCUGUCUUACUUUUGGUCAAUGAAAGUCUUCGUCCGAAGCCAUAGAAACAUUAGUUAUUUAUGAUUAUGAACAGAAAAUACUGUAAUUAUCAUUUGUUUGUUUGCUGUUCUGUUGCAUUUCAUAGUUUCUGUUUAGAGUACAUCAACAUUGCCGAAGAAAUUGGACACAUUUCCAAACUAAUAAUCAAGUACUGUUUUUCAAUGAUAACAGGUUAUUACUUAUUAGUAAUAUCAGAUUGCA